CGGCGGAGGUCGGGUGCGGCGGGGAGGGUUCAGUCCCUCAACCGUUCCCCCCCACCCCACGACUCCCCUCGUACAACUCCCACUGGCCGUGACCUUCCCGCCCCCGCCCCGGCAACCAACGGCUCCUGGUGGCGGCCGGGCGCGGGCAUGAGGGCGAGCGCGCGCGACGACGAGGACGAGCUCGACUUCCGGCUCACCUUCGGGGAGGAGCUCGGCGAACCCCGCCCCUCGGCCGUGGUCUCAGCAGAUUUGGACCUCGACGAGGCCCCGGCCUACCCCAUGGGGCCGUGCCUGGCGGUGAACCGGCCCAUCGGCAUCCCCCGGCGACGCGGGCCUGCGGGCCGCGCCGGGAUGCACUCGCCCCCUCCCCGGCCCGUCACCGAUGGCGACACCUACGAGAGCCAGCCGGCCCGGCUGAUCCACCUGGGGGGCAGCAAGGUCCUGGCCUGCCCCAGCAUCCAGAUCACCUCCAUCUCCCCCGGGGCCUGCGACCGCGAGGACGGCGGCGGGGAGGAGGCGGAGGUGGCCGACGAGGACGGGGAGGAGGCCUGGGGCCUAGUCGAGGCCGCGGCCCGCGAGCGACCCUACCUCCCCCCAGAUCCCUUCGGUUACCGGGGAGGCUCGCUCAGCGCGAGCCCGGGGAGCAGUUGCCGCUCGUCUCCGGGGAUCUGGCCCUCGGGGGCCGGCUCCCCUUUCUCCUCCUCAUCCUCGCCCUCCUCGUGGACGCCGUUCGACGACGUGGAGCCCGAGCUGAGAGAGGCCGCCUACCGCAUGGCCCUGGCGCCCCCCCCGUCCCGCUGGGCCGGGGACGAAGCCUCGUCUUGCUCAGCGUCAUCCCCCAGCCCGUCCUCGCCCUCGCCGCUGGCCGAUGACCCCCUCCGACUGUCGCCGCGGGGCCCAGGCUCCGGGCCCCCGUCGAGGCCCACCUCUCCCUGCGGCAAGAGGCGGCACUCAGGCUUUGAGGCCUACUCCUACCACCAGGAGCAGCCUUACUACCAGCAGCGGGGGCACCCCUCGCCCGGCCGAUCGCCCUCCCCGUCCCGCAGGGGCAGCUUGGCCGCCAUCGAUGACGAGGCGCCCGCUUCCCGGGAGGGGCCUCCCUCGCCCCUCCUCCUCCUCCACCACCUCCUCCUCCCUCCGCCCCCCGCCUCGGCCUACCAGAGGGGAGCCUCCGUUCCCGUCAAGGCCCGGCGCACCUCCCAGGCUCAGAGGGUCGCCCCGCUCCGCCAGGGCGAGGGCGAGGGAGAGCCCGGGGGGGCGCCCUAUGCCGGGACGGAGGCCCUCGCCCAGCUCCAGGCCCUCAAGAAGGACGCGGGGUCAAUGGAGUACCUCACCGUCCCAUCUCCCUUCGUCUGGACCAAGGCCCGUACCGCAGGACACAGCCCUGUCUUCCGAUCGUCUGCGUUGCCCCCCCUGGACUGGCCCCUCCCGAGUCAGUACGAGCAGCUGGAGCUGAAGAUGGAGGUGCAGCCACGGACCCACCAUCGGGCCCACUACGAGACCGAGGGAAGUCGGGGGGCAGUGAAAGCAGCAGCAGGCGGUCACCCAGUCGUCAAG